CGGGGCGGCGGGGUGGUACGCGGGAGGAUGCGCGCUCCGUGUCCGCGAAGAAAUGAAAUAAAUAGCGGCGGGGGGGAUAAGGCUGCGCGGGGAGAAGCGUUUGCCCCGAGUCCCGCAUCCAUCCCGCGUGGGACGCGCUCCGUGCGCGGAUCCCCGUCCCGCUCCCCGUCCCUGCCUGUCCCGCUCGCCCCCAACCUCCCCGGUGCUGCAUCCAUCCCCAUCCCGUGCUUUUCGUCCCAGAUCUGCCUCUCCAAGGGCGCUUUCGGAGCUUGCUCGGGCUGUUUGCUGAGAGAACGUGACCGUUUUGUUAAAAACAUCUUUCCUUCGCCCUUGACGGCUCCUGCCCGGGCGGUAAAUGCUUUUAACACUAAAAGCCCCAUUACCAGUGGUGCUGCCGCUCCGCCUCAUUAGCAAACACCUAGGAGACCACGGAGCGGCUCAUUAACGGCAAGGACACAGCGCGAACCCGUCCUGGGAUGCACGGGGAUGCUUUAUCCGCCGGGAGAUGGGAUGACGCCGGGUCUCACUUUGUGCUCUGCAGCGCCGCUGAUGCUGUUUUGGGGCGGUUUUGGUUGGGUUUUUUUUUUUUGUUCGGUUGUUUUUGCAGCAUGGGCAUCCUACAUGACCAACUCCCCGACGCUGAUCGUGAUGAUCGGGCUGCCCGCGCGGGGCAAGACCUACAUGUCCAAAAAGCUCACCCGCUACCUCAACUGGAUCGGGGUGCCCACCAAAGUGUUUAAUUUAGGGGUGUACCGCCGCGAGGCCGUGAAGUCCUACAAGUCCUACGACUUCUUCAGGCACGACAACAAGGAGGCCAUGGAAAUCCGCAAACGCUGUGCCCUGGUGGCUCUGGAGGAUGUGAAGUCUUAUCUCCUGGAGGAGUGCGGGCAGAUAGCUGUGUUUGAUGCCACCAACACGACUCGGGAGCGACGGGAUCUGAUCUUAAAUUUUGCCAAGGAAAAUGCUUUCAAGGUGUUUUUCGUGGAGUCUGUGUGUGAUGAUCCCGAGGUCAUCGCUGCCAAUAUCCUGGAGGUGAAAGUUUCCAGCCCUGACUACCCGGAGAGGCACCGGGAGAAUGUGAUGGACGAUUUCCUCAAGAGGAUCGAGUGCUAUCAGGUCACCUACCAGCCUCUGGACCCGGAUGCUAAUGACAAAGAUCUUUCCUUCAUUAAAGUGAUCAACGUGGGCCAGCGCUUCCUGGUCAACCGAGUCCAGGAUUACAUCCAGAGUAAAAUUGUCUAUUACCUGAUGAACAUCCACGUCCAGCCCCGCACCAUCUACCUCUGCCGGCACGGCGAGAGCGAGUACAACCUCCUUGGCAAGAUUGGGGGCGACUCUGGCCUGUCACCCCGAGGGAAGCAGAGCUUUUCUCCCCAGUUUUCCCAGGCGCUGAAGAAGUUCAUUGAGGAGCAGGAGAUCGUGGACCUGAAGGUGUGGACGAGCCAGCUGAAGAGGACAAUCCAGACGGCCGAAUCCCUGGGGGUGCUGUACGAGCAGUGGAAGAUCCUCAACGAGAUCGAUGCUGGGGUCUGUGAAGAAAUGACCUAUGCAGAAAUCGAAGCCAAGUACCCGGAGGAGUUUGCCAUGAGGGAUCAGGAGAAAUAUCUUUAUCGUUAUCCUGGAGGGGAGUCCUACCAGGACUUGGUGCAGCGCCUGGAGCCGGUAAUUAUGGAGCUGGAGAGGCAGGGCAACGUCCUGGUUAUCUCCCACCAGGCAGUUAUGAGGUGCCUCCUGGCUUAUUUUCUUGACAAGAGUGCAGAUGAGCUGCCCUACCUGCGCUGCCCCCUCCACACCAUCCUCAAGCUCACCCCUGUUGCCUAUGGCUGCAAAGUGGAGACCAUCACCCUGAACGUGGAAGCAGUGAACACCCACCGGGACAAGCCCUCCCUGAACUCAGCCAUUCCCUCUGUGUGGGAUCAGCACCACCUCCCCAGCAGGCAGAGCCCUGUGAGGAUGAGGAGGAACAGCUUUACCCCGCGGGCCAGCGCCGACACCGUAAAGCGCCCGCGGCACCACAGCCUGGGCAGCAAACCCCUGCAUCUGCUGGGGCCUCUCCCAUCCCUGGAAGCUCGAGGGCCUUUCCCAUCCCUGGAAGCUGGAGAAGGGGCUGAGCAGCCACAGCUGGAGAUGCUCCUUGAGCCCUGCUGUGCUUCUCUGUUUCCUUUGCAGCCUCCCGAGGGAAAUGCUUGCCUCUGAGUACCGCUGCAAGCAGCUUGGGUGUGCUCUCUUUGGGCUUUAAGAAUGGCAGCUUUGGCAGUGUAGGGGCUCCUGCUUUCACCUUGGAUCCAGCUGGGAAUUCCGGGGCCAGGAGGAGGAGCCGGGCCUGGGACUGGAGCAUCCCUGGAGCCACGAGCCACCCUGGCCAGUGCUCGCCUCCAACUGUGAUUUUAGAGCCUGUCUGUGUCUUUUCUUUCCAAAUGCUGGCACGUCUGUCCACGGGGCUGGAGAAGAUUGGUGCUGGAGAUUUUCCCAAGCCGCCUUCAACGCUCGUGAGCCAACGCAAGGUGGUGAAAUAGUGCCCCACGUCUCUCCCUCCUGGCCAGCUGCCGAAAUUCACCACAGUGGGAGGACAAAAUAAUCACGUUUUUACUCAGUGAGGCAGCUCUUCUUUGGAAGAGGCACUUCCAGGCCAAACCCCCCAGCUUUUAUUUCUGCCUUGCCAUUUCCGAGUUAUUUCCAAGUUACAUCCAAGUUCAAACUCAGUUCAAACUCGAUUUUUUUUUUUUUUUUUUCCUGUUGUUCAGCCAUCCAGGGAGUUCCAGGUGGGGUUUGAUUCCCUCCGUUGGUGCUGGUGUGAAUCCCCCGGUCUGAGCCAGUUCCUUUGCCCUGGGAGUGUUUUUGCUGGGAUGUGACAGCCAGGUCAGCACAUCCAUCCCAGGGGCUGCUCCUGGGAGGGACGGAUGGCAUCGAACCCUCCUGCCCCUCUCUGGAAGCAGCACAGCUCCCAGUGCUUUCAAUCCCACCUCAAACCCCCUUUUAGCUAUUUUAUCUUCUCAUCCCAACCUAAACUUCAUCCUCUCGCUCGUUUUCCCUGCAUUUCAGGGAUGUUUUAUCCAUUCAACCCCAAAAAUGUGAGCACAGCUGGGACCAGCAGGGCCCCUGGGCAGGGUUUGCAGGAAGCACAAGGUUUUUUACCGGUUUUCUUUAGAAUACACCAAAUUUUAGGCUCACGACAAGCUUUUAACUUGCCUAUGAAUAAGCUGUGAAUGUCCCCAGUGCUGCCUUUCAUAGUUCUAAGCUGCUGUAGAGUUUCAGAGCACAGGUGGUGCAGCUCUUAACUUAAACCCUUUCCUUAAAUCCCCACCAAACCCCAAAUUUUCAGUUCUCUCCCACAAGCCCUGACCCCGGCUGUUUUUGCAAUAAGGGCAGGACCCUCAGGCUGGGUGAAGAAAGGAACUUUUGGGUGCAGAGCAGGAGCCUGUGCUGGACCUGCUGCUCCCAGGUGACUCCAGGAUUUACCUGAGCAGUUCUGAGCCCCAGAAGUUGCUUAUUUUAAAUGUGUCAAUAAAUGCUGGAUAUACCCACAGCGGGGAGAAUGUGCCCUGGCUGUGGAGGAGCUGAGCAGCCCCAGGGCUUGAGGCUCGCUUGGGCAUUUUGAGCUCCAAAUUGGUUGUUUUAAACACUCCCAAGAGCUGUAAUUUGAUGAAACUGGGAUCGAGAGGACCAAGGCACUAAUCUGGACCCCUCAGGAUUUCUGAGGAGCGGAGCAAUGUGUUCAUCCAAAGCUGUUGUGCCACAGAGGGGUGAAAUUCAGCGGUGAAAAACUGAAUUUUGAUUCGUUUUACUCCUCAGGGUUUCACCCCUCCAGGUCUUGUUUUAAAUGUUUUUGUGCUUAGAAAUAAACUUUUCAAAAAAAAAAAAAAAAAAAAAAGAAUAUUAAAUGUUGAAGGAAGAGCUUUAGAGCCCGUCCAUGGAAAUCCUCACACUCCAAAAUGCUCUGAACGCACAAACCCGUCCUUGCCAGGCUGGCUGCUCCGACCAAACCCCUCCUGCUCUGCGGGAAGAGGAGUGGAGAACGCACUCUGGGAUGUUUACGCACAAAAACUGGGAUAACUUGCUGGAGAGUUCGCUGUGUUCAUGUCACUGAUGAUUGUAAGGAGACAAAAAUCUGUAUUUUUUACCUGCUGGGACUCGUGAAUGUCGCUGUUGAUGCGUUGGUGGUGGUGACUUGGUUUUUUUUUUUAAACCCUUGUUGAAAAUCAGGUGUUUUUGCAGUUUGGAUCAGUGGCUGGGGGGGGGUCCCUUUGGGGGCUGUGGGAUGGGAUUUCACCCUCUGCAGCGUUUGUGCCUCAGUGCUUUAAUUAAAGCUCAUUCCUCCUGCGUUUUGGCCUCGGAAAGGUUUAAAGCAAACGCUUCUGGAGCAGAGCAGCAGCAGUUUGGGAGCAGAUCAUUGCCCUGAGGGUCCUGCUGAGCCCUCACAGGGGUGCAGGGCUGGGCUGAUGCCAGUGGGCAUCUCCUGGCAGCUCCCUGUGCCAGGGAUUUCCUCGAAACCACCUGAUUUCCUUGGCACCGGGCGUGCAAACACCCCAGAAUAAACAAACGUUGCACAACAGGGGGCUUUUUGAGAUGUUUUUGCUGGAACAGCUCGGCAGCAGCUGGCAGCAGUGUCCUGGGCUGGGCAGGUGGAGCUGGGGGUGGAUUUGGAGGUGCUGAGGUGGAUUUGGAGGUGUGGGUGUGAGCCUGGCACCUCCCUGAGCUUUUCCCCGGCACUGGGGGUGGGGUUCUGUGCCCCCCUGGCUUUCUGUGCCUCUUGUUUCAAGCAGCAGAAGGUGGUGGUGGCUGCUGUCACCUUCAGCAGGACCUGUGUGUCACCGCAGAGAAAAAGGAGCACUUGGGCCAAAACUGCUCCAUCUUUGGGAAAAAAAAAAAAAAACAACCCACGGAAAAACAGGGGAAAAGAGUGAAAGGCAGCCUGGCUGCUUGAUCUGUGUACACUGGCUGUGACCUCCCAGCUGUCACCUCUGCCAGGCGUCCCCUUCCCGGCAGCUGGGGUGGGUGCCAGGGAGGAGCCUGGCGCGGCUGCCAAGGGAGGAGAGGCAGCAGCACCCGCAUGGCCAGAGCCACCUGCCCUGGGGGAUGUCCCCAAACGUCACCUGGUGCCCCUCUGAGGGGCUGUGGGUGAGCGGUGCCAGUGCCACCCUCGCUGCCCCCUCGCUGUCCCCUCGCUGCCCCCUACUCCCGGGCUCUGUUUGCAGCUGCAGCUCAGUCUGGAGUGUUUGGUGAGAGGGAUCUUACCCAGCUGCUUGUUCCCUGCUCUGCUGCCUUCUAAGUUGUUUUGGUUUUUAGGUUUAAAACGCUGCAGCGUCCGUCAGCUCGUGCCGCGUGUUGUGUGCUCUGUGCGCUUGAGCAUAAAUAUCUGUCAGCGUUUAUUUACAAUAAAGGGGCUUAGGAAAACAAA